AUGGCGAAAUCUUCUUCGCCUCCUUCGUUUCAUAAAUUCAGAAACAGCAACAAGGAUAAACAACAACGGUCUUCUGAAUAUGAUGAGAAACGACGGCAUGUCUACAAAUGUGAGUUCUGUCCCAAAGUAUUCAGCACAGGCCAAGCACUCGGCGGUCACAAGACUUGUCAUCGCUCCAACAAACAACAGAUACAUGAUGAUAAGGCUCACAAAACUAUCAAGAUCACUUUCUCUUUAUCUUGUUCUCCAAGUUAUCCUAAUAAUCACGAUGCCAAACUGAAAAGACAUUCCUGGACUAGGGUUUUCAAAGGUACCGUUCAUGAUCCACCUGCUGCAUUGAAACCUCUUCAACAAGAAGAGUUACCAGCUGUUGACUUGGUAAGUUUGCUGCCACCAAGAUCGUAUAAUACCAAGAAAAGAAGCAGGAGAUAUCUUAUUCAUGAUGGAGUUUCUAAUAAUAUUGCUCCAAUACCGUCGUUGGAUAUGUCUCGUGAAUCAGUGAAUCUUGAUUUGAAUCGUUCUGAGUAUAAGAGGAUGAAAAUUCCAAGCAAUGGGAAUGAUAAUGUGCUGCUAACAAGGAGAUAUGUUGAAAGAGAAGUGAGACCAAGAGUUGUUCGCGACUUUGAUUUGAAUGAGCUCCCAACUAAUGAUGUUGCUGAUGAAAUCAUUGACCAUGAAUGA